ACAAUGGGUAGCGUCGCCAACGGAUCUACUUUCCUCUUCACCUCCGAGUCCGUCGGAGAGGGUCACCCCGAUAAGAUUGCUGACCAGGUCUCCGAUGCCAUCCUCGAUGCCUGCCUUGCUGAGGACCCUCUCUCUAAGGUCGCUUGUGAGACCGCUACCAAGACUGGUAUGGUGAUGGUCUUCGGUGAAAUCACUACCCAGGCCAAGCUUGACUACCAGAAGGUCAUCCGUGGUGCCAUCCAGGACAUCGGCUACGAUGCCUCCGAGAAGGGUUUCGACUACAAGACUUGCAACGUCUUGGUUGCCAUUGAGCAGCAGUCGCCCGAUAUCGCCCAGGGUCUGCACUACGAGGAGGCCCUUGAGAAGCUCGGUGCUGGUGACCAGGGUAUCAUGUUCGGUUAUGCCACCGAUGAGACCCCUGAGCUCCUCCCCCUCACCGUCGUCCUCUCUCACAAGCUCAACAAGGCCAUGACUGAUGCCCGCAAGAACGGCACCAUCCCUUGGCUCCGCCCCGACACCAAGACCCAGGUCACCAUCGAGUACGCCCACGACAACGGUGCUGUCAAGCCCCUCCGUGUGGACACCAUUGUCAUCUCCGCCCAGCACAGCGACGAGGUCUCCACUGAGGAGCUCCGCAAGGUCCUGAAGGAGCAGAUCAUCAAGUCGGUCAUCCCUGCCAACCUCCUGGACGACCGCACCGUCUACCACCUCCAGCCCUCCGGCCGCUUCGUCAUCGGUGGUCCCCAGGGUGACGCCGGUCUCACCGGCCGUAAGAUCAUCGUCGACACCUACGGUGGUUGGGGUGCUCACGGUGGUGGUGCCUUCUCCGGUAAGGACUACUCCAAGGUCGACCGCUCGGCUGCCUACGUUGCUCGUUGGAUUGCCAAGUCCCUCAUCAACGCUGGCCUUGCCCGCCGUGCCCUCGUCCAGCUCUCCUACGCCAUUGGUGUUGCUGAGCCCCUGUCCAUCUUCGUCGAGACCUACGGCACCUCCUCCAAGACCUCCGAUGAGCUCGUCCAGAUCAUCCGUGACAACUUUGACCUCCGUCCCGGUGUCAUUGUCAAGGAGCUGGAUCUGGCCAAGCCCAUCUACUUCAAGACCGCCAAGAACGGUCACUUCACCAACCAGGAAUUCUCCUGGGAGAAGCCCAAGGCCCUCAAGUUCUAAGCGAGUCGCUCGCAAUGACUGUGGACCUGCUUCUCUUCUGAGUCUGUUUCCUUUACGAAUGUGAUGAUUUUGCUUUGUUUUCAACAACUCAAAGCACGAGCAUAGACAUGUCAAAAAAGCAACUUUUAUGUUUGGAUGUUUGUUCAACUUUUUGCAUGGUCUCUCGGCAAGAGACGGGUUCGGCGAGGAUAAAUUCAACAUGAUACCACUUUUUCAUAUACCUUGGGAGGGUUGUUUCGGCGUUUUCGGGA